GUGGUGGUGGGUCGUUAGUGCAGAACACGCAGCGGGAUGAGGGAGGUUGUGUAUUGAUGGCAGGGUGUCGUCGGACCGCAAGUGCUCAUAUAGUGACUGGUUGUGAAGAACGAGUGUUUUGUUGAAAAUUAUGUUGCUCAGGAGACUGCCUUUGAUGUGAACUUUGGUAUUGUUUACGGACUAAAUGUCAUUUGUUAUAAGGUUAUGCAUCUGACGUUUGAGUGCAUCUCCACUUUGUAAUUAACGAAACAAAACCUCUCUACUCAGUGAAGGAUACGGCUUACCUGGACCAAACGAUAGCUUUUAACUUACGUUUUACUACAUACGUUUGGACAGUCUGCCGCUGCCAUAUAACGAUCCGUUUGAAGAUGGAUACACAAACCUGAAAGCAGUUAUUGCUUCAAUGAGAAAGUACUGGUUUUGCAACGCUCUAUAAUGGAAAGAAUAUAGAGAUAUAUUAUCAUGGGAUGCAGAUCUGCAAAUUCUGAGCAUCUGCUGCAUUAACUUUUAUGAUGCCAUUACAUGGAAGAGGCCAUUUCUGUUGUUAAUAAAAUGGGUAUUAUUACCACAGCAGUUGCACUUCUUGUACUGAAUUAUGCUAAAGGUCACCAAGUAUAUGAAUCCAGGAUCUGUGCUGAGAAAAAUGUUCAGAUGCACCAUGCACCUGAUUCGCAUGAAUAUUUGAGCACAUUUAAAGCAGAGGAAAAUAGCACACAUACCAACAAAACAUGCGAGAGAUCUACGAAUUUCUGUUACGCGUACUGGGAGACCAACGGGACUGCUGUUACUUUCAUAAAACAAGGUUGUUGGGAGGUUUCUGGGAAGAGUGACUGCAUUCAGACAAAAUGCAUUGCUGACAAACCAUCAGCUGCACGAAACAAUUCAAGAUUUUGCUGCUGUUCAGGCAACUUGUGCAAUGUGAACUUCAUUGAUGAUUACGUUAUGCCCACAGAGGAUAUUACUACUGCCCUGUCACGUGCUACAAGUUUAAUGGAACCUGCUGACGAUGGAUAUCGAACUAUUCUGAUUGCCUUAGUUUGUGGCCUUGUACUAGUGUUAAUUUCUGUGGGUGUUGGAGUAAUCGUUUUGUGGAAAAUACAUGAAGCCUCUAUUUACAAGCAGACAGCUGAUGCUGUUCAUCUUAUGGACAAUGGAAGUCCAGGAAAUUACCAAUCCGACACCUAUGCCUUGGAACACCUAAAAAUAUCCACAAUUGUAGGCCAGGGGCGAUAUGGAUGUGUGUUUAAAGGAACAUUGCUUGACAAGGAAGUUGCUGUAAAAAUAUUUCCAGGCCACCACAGACAAUACUUUCAUAAUGAACGUGAUAUCUAUUGCUUACCAUUCAUGGAUAAUCCUGCUUUGUUAACAUAUUUUGGGUCAGAUGAACGUGUGAGUGCUGAGGGAUACAUUGAUUACUUGCUGGUGCUUUCAUAUGCCACAAAUGGCUGCCUUCAGGAUUAUCUCAGGAGUAAUUUGGUGGACUGGAAUUGUUUAUGUAGAAUGGCACUAUCUGUUGCAAAGGGUCUAGCUCACCUACACACAGAUAUCCGUAAAGGAGACAAAUUUAAGCCAUGUGUAACACACCGUGAUCUCAACUCAAGAAAUAUUCUUGUGAAAGCAGAUUUAUCAUGCUGUCUUUGUGACCUGGGAUUUGCCAUGAAGAUUUCUGGUUCAAAGUAUUUUUACAACGGUGAAGAGCAGCAUGCAGAAACAAAAUCGAUCAAUGAUGUUGGCACCUUACGCUACAUGGCACCAGAAGUAUUAGAGGGAGCAGUGAACCUUAGAGAUUGUGAAUCAUCACUAAAGCAGAUAGAUGUGUAUGCAUUAGGAUUAGUGCUAUGGGAAAUAGCAACACGGUGUGCAGAUCUAUAUCAGCUUGGCACCUCUGUACCUCCUUAUAGUAUGCCUUUUGAAGCUGAAGUUGGUCACCAUCCAACAUUUGAACAGAUGCAGGUGCUUGUCUCUCGACACAAAGCUCGUCCUUUGUUUCCGGAGGGGUGGCGUGACUGGGCUGCUGUGAGGCUGUUGAGAGAAACAAUAGAAGACUGCUGGGACCAGGAUGCAGAGGCAAGAUUGACUGCCCUCUGUGUUGAAGAGAGGAUUCAAGAACUGCCAUCACUUUGGGAUCGCAUGAGAGCAGCUAUAACAACAUCAGGAAUGAGUCCUACUGUCAAUCCUACAGUCAAUCCCACGUUCACAUCUACAACACUGAGUCAGCUACCUGGUGUAGUUCGGACUACCAAUAACAAUAACAACAGCAGCAGUGGCACCAAUACCAACUAUAACUACAAUAAUAAUUCAAGUAACAUGGGUCAUAUGAUCAGUUCUGGUUUACAUGAGAAGCAACUACCAGAUUCUCUGGAAAAUACUGAUUAUUCUGUUAAGUCGGGAAGUGGAACUUGUGGCAAAGAUGCCUGCGAGUCCAAUUUGUCUGAAGGCACUAUUGAAACUACUGUGACAAUAUCUCCUUCAGAUUCUCAUGGAGAGUCUUCAUAUAAAAAUUCAAAUCAGACAUUUGUUCCACCCGGAGGCACGCACACUUUUCCUUUGUCUUCUGGGCUAACUUCUUCAGUGCAACAUCAGAGAGCAUCACUGCAGCCAUAUCAAGGACGAAAUCCAUGCAUGGAGAGGAAUCUGAUGCUGACAGCACCUUCAGACGAGGACUUAGCUUGUAAUGGAAAUACGUUAGUUGACAGGUCUUUCAAGCAUGCUUCUGCUAGUAAUUAUUUAAUAAACACUGCAUUGUAUGAGCCUCAGGCACUUGUUUCACAUGAUUAUCUUAGUACAUCACAGUUGACAGCUGGUAACAAUAGCAUAAGACCUGCAACACCCAUUCCUUAUGUGCAAAAUGCUGUCUAUGACACAAAUUCUACAUGUACCGGAAUUCCAAAACAACCCAAUAUUCCUGGAAAUGGCUCAGCUGUUGUUGAUGGUGUAACACAUACCAAAAGUUCACAUUGGUCAAACUGGGGAAAAGGUAGUAGUAGAUGGGAGGGAUUUAAAAAAUAUUUGGAUUCAAAAACAAAAUCACUUUUUGGCAUGUCAAAGGAACGAGAAGCCCAUACUGUUGAUUCAGGGAAUACUGUUGUAAAGGAAUUUGAUGAGGUGGAUGACGAUGUGAAAUCUAACUUAUUAGCUCGCCAAACUUCGGUUACUGUAGCUCCUUUAUCAAAAAGAUCCCCAGUAUUAAUGGAAACAAAGGUUUGUGUUUCACCACCUGAUAAACUUGUGAAUGGUGUUAGUACAAAUACUGGUGUAGUUACAUCUGUAAUGUCACCAUUGAUCUCAACUACAAAUAGAAAUGACAAUGAAAAUAAAGACAGCAAAGUGACAAAGAGUCAGAGACCAUGUACAUUAGCACUGACACCUGCAAAACCAACAAUGGUGUGUGAAGAUACGUCUGUUGCUGUGUCUCGCCAGAAUCUCAAGGAACAGAUCCAUCAAGUUUUCCGCAACAGAAGUAAUGAAAAUGCAUCUCGUUUAAAGGACCCAAAUUUAAGGGUGAAGACUCCUGGUGAUGUUCCACCUUCUGUUAGGAGAAACCGUGGUAAAGGAGGUACUGCACGGUUUUCAUUAUAUGAUGAUAGAAUGAUGAUUACUAAAGAAUUCAGUAAAACUUCAUGUGCAAAUACAGAUCUGAAAACUAAUAGCAGUCAAAUUUUUUCAAGCUCAGUACCAACAAACAUUGACAUUUCUUGUAGUUCAGAGAUACUUGAAAAGGUUGUGCCCUAUUCCUUGCAGAAUGACAGAAAACUGAAACUUAGAAGUAAUGACGCAUGUAGCUGCUAAAACUGUUGAUAAAACAAAAGAUAUUGCAAUUGUGAUAUUAUAAGAGCUUUCAGUAAAUUGUACUUUUAAGCAAGUUUUGGGCUGCACAAAAGUUUCUGGCAACGUCAGGAGCUUUAUAUUUAGGUAACUUAUGGGCUGUAUAGAAGUUUCUGGCAAUGUCAGGAGCUUUAUAUUUAGGUAACUUAUGGGCUGCAUACAAGUUUCUGGCAAUGUCAGGAGCUUUAUAUUUAGGUAACUUAUGGGCUGCAUACAAGUUUCUGGCAAUGUCAGGAGCUUUAUAUUUAGGUAACUUAUGGGCUGCAUAGAAGUUUCUGGUUGUGCCAGGAGCUAAAUAUUUUAAGAAACUUUUGGGCUGCAUCAAAGUUUCUGGCAAUGCCAGGAGCGUGAUACAUAGUGAGGAUCAUUACUUGUAAUAUAGUUGUAACUUCCAAAGAUUUAAGUAAGGCCUCCUGUGAUUAAUGAAAGAAAGGUACUGCAUUGUUUUUCUUUAUAUUUGCUAAGUUUCUUCAGAUCUCCAGUGAAUAUUUCAUUUUGUCUGUAGCACUUGGUUUUAUCAUUA